UAUAAGCACAAAUGUGAACAGCCGAAAAUCUUCAGAAUCAUUUGCCACUUGUUCGUUCCACAACCGUUCAUAUAGAAUCGGAGAGAUCAAUAUCCCCUCGGUGUGUUUUCUCUGCCGCUGCCUGCGAAAAUGGCGACUCUGGAAGCCGUUAGUCCAGGUUUUCAAUUCCGGUCGCCGUGUCCGGCGAAAAUCCGACGGACGGCUGGAGUUUCGAGAACCUUCGUUCGUGCAAACCGUCGGCUAACCGUGAAGACGGUGAAGUGUUCGCUUCUCGGCGAACGAGUAGAGGAAGAAGUUUCUAGACCGCCGCCGUUUACGGAGGAGGAAAAUACGCUGAUCAAUGCUCUGAUCGGCGUUCAAGGCCGCGGCCGCUCCGCCUCUCCGGCGCAACUCCGAGAAGCUGAACAGGCGGUGCAGAAACUGGAAGAUACGAAGGGCGUACCUGAUCCUACAGGAUCGAGCUUGAUUGAAGGCCGCUGGCAGUUGAUGUUCACAACAAGGCCAGGAACAGCUUCCCCAAUUCAGAGAACAUUCGUUGGCGUGGAUUCCUUCAGUGUAUUCCAGGAAGUAAGUCUUCGAAGCGAAGAUCCCCGCGUCUCCAAUAUUGUGAAAUUCUCUGACGCCAUAGGUGAGUUGAAAGUCGAGGCUGCAGCAUCGAUCAAAGGCGGGAAAAGGAUCCUCUUCCAGUUCGACAGGGCAGCCUUUUCCUUAAACUUUCUUCCAUUCAAAGUCCCUUAUCCUGUGCCUUUCAGACUUCUUGGGGAUGAAGCUAAGGGCUGGUUAGACACUACAUAUCUAUCCGAGUCAGGAAACAUUCGUAUUUCGCGCGGCAACAAGGGAACGACAUUUGUGCUGCAAAAGGUGACUGAUCCAAGACAAAGACUGCUUUCGACUAUCUCUAGCAGUGGAGUUAGAGAGGCUGUGGAUGAGUUCAUUUCCUUGAAUCGAAUUAGUAGCGAAGGAGAAUUACCAUUGCUUGAAGGGGAGUGGUUAAUGCUAUGGAGCUCAAAUGAAGUCACCGAGAGCUGGAUGGAGAACGCUGCAAAAGGUUUGAUGGGAAAGCAGAUUGUCCGGCCAAAUGGGGGCAUGAAAUUUCUGGUGGAUUUAUUCUUUGGCCUGAAAUUUUCCAUGACGGGGAAAUACGAGAAAAGUGGGAUGAACACGUAUGAUGUAGUGAUGGAUGAUGCAGCUAUAGUGGCUGGUCCGUACGGGGUUCCAUCAGAAAUGACAACCAAGUUCACCAUUGAAUUGCUAUAGAUGCAUAUGGUGCUACUGCUGCAGAUACGCUGAUGAAAAGAUCAGAAUCAGCCGUUCCUACGACAACAUUCUCUUCGUCCAUGUCCGUGUCGACUGAAUUAUGUUUUGUUUUGUUUAGUUUAGAUAUAAUCAAAUAUUUCAAGCUCUUAAUUUACAGUAUUAUAUGUACAGCGCCGAAAAUUGUCAUUCUGCAUUUAUUAAAAAUUGAUAAA